GCCAGCGACUGUAAAAGUAUUCAGUAAUAUCAGCGAUGCAAAGUGGAACGGCAAUAAACUGCUACGGUUUACGAUGUUUGUUGCACAUGUACCUGGGGGAGAACAAAUAUUGAGGCUUUCUUUGAAUCGGAUGCGGACACUCGGGAUCCGGCUGAAGAUGCGGAGGAAAAUGUUCUGGGGAUUCCUCUGCAUAGUGGAGGCACUACAGACCACGUGAGAGGGAUGUUCAACGACGGUCCCGGACAGAGCGGCUCAUCUCUGCUCCGCUGCUGACAUGGACUCUUGGACACUGUGUUUUCUCAGCUCCCCACAGACCGACACGGAGGGAGGGCGAUACUGACUGUCUGAAUGUAACCUUUGAACCGUGGCCGUUUUGUCGUGCUGUGCUGUGUUGCGUUUCUUCUUUCCUUCGGCACAAGUUUGAACCCGCUGAGGUGCCAUGGCUUGGCCCUGCAUCAGCAGAGUGUGCUGCUUGGCUCGCUUCUGGAACCAGUUCGACAAAUCGGACCUCUCCGUCCCGCUCACCAUCCAGAACUACUCGGACAUCGCCGAUCAGGAGGUGCGAUCCGUCACCAAACAGGUCUCUGCCUCGGAGCGCGCCCCCGGGAACCACUACUCGACCCCGGAACAGCGUGCCAACGCCGGCGCCCCAUACACGCCCCAAGACGCCGCGGGGACCCGGGGAUCUUUCAGGGCACGAAAGGAGCCCAGUUACAAGACCCGGGAGGACUACCGACCGCCCGCAGUGCCUUUCCCCAGUGAUACCCAGUACAACGAGGAUUUUAAGCCCUGGCCCAUUCCCAGGAAGGAGAAUUUCCCGUGGAUCAGUAACGGGGGCAGCCGGGCGGACGGUGUUCCGGACAGCCACGCACAGCCGGGGGACAGAGAAGAGCGGGGCAGGGGUCAGAGGUGGGGACAUCAGCAAGUGAUGGAGGAGAGCAAAACCAGCUCGUACAGGCAGGAGUACAGGCCAUGGACGGGGGUCAGACCGACCACAAGCGCGAGGAAACAUCCUUCAGCUCAAUUCUCCAGCCCGGGGACAGAGGCCACCAAAGUCCCACGGGAGACCAGUUAUCAGGCUGCCUACAGUGGGGACGGCCCCAAGUCCAUAGGGCUGCAUCACGGGGUGAACGAUCUCACAUCAGCUGCCUCCAGCAUACAACCUGCUGCUGUGCCCCAGACCACCGCCACCGCCGUGCAAGCCGGCAGGUCACCCGCCCCCCCCAGCCUCCAGCAGAGCGUCCCGAUCGAGAGGGCCGAGUUAAGUUCACUAAUCAUGGGAGAGGAACAUCUGGUGCGGACCAAAUACCCUCCAAACUCUUCUGCAGUCUUUCAGAGCGGGCCGAGGGUCUUCAACAUCUGACAGCUGCUCUGAUUUCCAACCACUGAAUGAACAGGGGAAUGUUUUCCAUCCCGCCACACUAUAAUCUAUGCAAGGGAAUGUACGUUGUUGUGGAGCUGCAGUCGGUAUCCCAAGUAGAGACGGAUCGAUCGUUAGACGGC